AUGACCAACAACCUGAACUCAUCAGACCCGUUCGGCAUCGGUCGUGGCGUCCACACGAAAACCAAUCAAAUAAUGCACGGCUCAGGGAGAAGUACAAAACCGAUCCCGACGGCCCUUGUGAAUCCCCACGCAUUGGCUCUCAGCUGUACAGAUUUCGGCACCAGCUUUGAGCUGGGCCAAGCUGCUUGGAUCAUGAUCUUUGGGAAAUCUAUUCGCAGUGUUGAACCUAAACAAGCCGGGAAAUUUGAUUACCGCAGCACCUUGGGGAAGCCAUCAAGUAAGACAGCAUGCAAGAUUGGUUUCGAAGUAAGACGGCCAUCCUGGAAGAUGGCCUCUGCAACCAAACAUAUGAAUGUCAAGGCCAAGUCGAUGAGACUCGGAAAGUUGGGGAUGUGCUUGUACACCAGCUCAAACAAUGUUGACUCGAGCUGUGAAAGCAUAAAGACACCACAACGCUACGUCAGAGAGUUACCAAAAGAUUCGGGUGCAAAUCUGGCUCAACCUUCGGACUCGGAACCACUGUCAUCCUCAACCCGAGAGUAUAGUCCAUCGGGGUGCUCAUAUUUGAACUCUCCACAACCAGGAGAAUGGGGAACAGAUGCGAUUGUGCCGGUGUCGCAAGUUGGUUGUCGCGCCGACUUUGUGGAUCUCAGGGCAAGCUUCCGAGAAGCGCUGCUGUCCAUUGUCUGCCGUCAAAUGAAGCUCGAUUCAAUAACAUAUCCAGAUUAG